AUGGCGGUCCCCCGAGGAGCUCAGAUUGCUGCCCGGCUCCUCAGUCGAGGCUCUAGGAGUCUGACAUCCCAUUCCUCUUCACCCAUAAGAGAGCACAAGUUCGAUCGCUUCGCUCUGAAAACGAAGGCCCAGCGGAUUAGAAAUGCAUCUCUACAUACACGAGCGGCCCACCGUGCUCAAGCCGCCACCGCCGAAGUGCAAGAAGAAGAGCCCUACGAGGGACCUGAGUCCACAAACCCAGCAAUGUCCUUUCCCUGUCUUGAUGCGCAAGAAAUGAAGACAGCCGCUUUGCAGGACCGGUCUCUCCAAUCAGGACCCGAACCUUCUUACACCACUGGCCAACACAUGGUGUUCUACAGCUCGCAACCCAUCCUCUUAGAUUGGGGUGGGAUAUUACCCGAAUUCAACAUCGCUCAUGAAACUUGGGGCACACUGAACGCGGACAAGAGCAAUGCAAUUCUGCUACAUACUGGACUAUCGGCGUCGAGCCACGCACACAGCACAGAAGCAAACCCGAAACCGGGGUGGUGGGAAAAGUUCAUCGGGCCUGGUGCUCCUUUAGAUACCAACAAAUACUUUGUGAUAUGCACGAAUGUGAUAGGCGGCUGCUAUGGCUCAACUGGACCCUCUUCGAUCGAUCCCUCAGACGGUCGGCGAUAUGCUACUCGAUUUCCCAUCCUGACAAUGGACGACAUGGUCCGAGCGCAAGCGCGGCUUCUGGACGGGCUACGUAUCGACAAGCUCUACGCCAGCGUUGGUGCAAGUAUGGGUGGGAUGCAAAGCCUUGCCUUCGGUGUCCAUUUCCCGGACCGGGUGGGCAAAAUCGUCAGCAUUUCGGGUUGUGCAAGGAGCCACCCGUAUAGUAUCGCCAUGCGGCACACUCAACGACAAGUGUUGAUGAUGGACCCCAACUGGAAUAGAGGCUUCUACUACGACAGCGGUAUUCCGCCACAUACGGGAAUGAAGCUUGCCCGCGAAAUUGCCACGGUGACAUAUCGCAGUGGGCCCGAGUGGGAGAAUAGGUUUGGGAGACAACGAGCCGACCCCAGCAAACAGCCCGCUCUCUGUCCGGAUUUCUUAAUUGAGACGUACUUGGACCAUGCUGGUGAGAAGUUUUCCUUGGAAUAUGAUCCAAAUUCUCUGCUUUAUGUUAGCAAGGCGAUGGACCUGUUCGACCUUGGAUGGGCUCAUCAAGAAAGCACUAGAUUCCGAAGGCAAAAGAAUCAGGAGAAGUUGUUGACCAUCCGUGGGGAAGCCGCUAUUCGCAAUGAUCCAUCAUGCAGUUUGAUGCUGCCAUCGAAGAAUUACGAAGAACAAGUCUCUACGGCGCCACUGGAUGAGGCUGUUGCGCCGGGCCAUAACGCCGGGCCGCCGCGAGAUCUCGUCCAGGGAAUGGCGCCCUUGAGCGAUCACCCCGUUUUGGUGAUGGGUGUGGCGAGCGAUAUACUCUUUCCAGCGUGGCAGCAAAGGGAGAUUGCCGAGACGUUGCAAGCUACGGGAAACAAUCAAGUUACGCAUGUGGAGCUCGGCGAGGAUAUCAGUCUGUUCGGGCACGACACAUUUCUCUUGGAUUUAGAGCAUAUUGGUGGCAAUCUUGGGAAGUUCCUGCAGUAA